GACGCCAUGCCGGAUCACGGACGAGGACGGGUGCACCGUUUUCGCGACCACGUCGUCGCCGGCGUCAACUGGCGACCGACGCGAUUCGUCGACGAGGUUCCCAGUUCACGUGUGUGCGGCCUCUGCCUCAUGAUCCCAAAACGGAUGGUGGUGUUCCCGUGCGGUCACACUCUGUGCCAAUCUUGCCACGCAGCCAGUUUGGAAGGGGGCGUUGGCCAGUGUCCGUUGGAUCAAGAGGCAUUCGAAGAAGCGGAGUGCGUCGGUUACGAAUUCCCUGCCAGGAAAGCAAACGCCGUGAAGGUGUACUGCUGGAACGAAGCGCACGGUUGCGAGUACAUGGGCACUAUGGACCGCAUGCUGGAACACUACGAGAACGAAUGCACAUUUCACACCGUGGAAUGUGUGCGAUGCGGCGAGGGAGUCCAGCACAGAGACCUGCGGACGCACUACGCGGCCGGAUGCAUUGCCGACGUUUCUCCAGCGAUCACGGAGUCCUCGGAUCAUACAGCACCGACCCUUGCAGACGUGAACGCUGCCCUUGAAGACGUGAAGGCGAUGUUGGGAUGCCUCAACCACGACCAGCUGCUGCCGGUGAUUCAGAGUCAGCUGAAUGAGCUUACGGAACAAGUAAGAAGGCAGGAAACCAGGUUCGCUGAGAUCACUCGCGAGCUCGGAGAAUGCGAGCAUAACUUAAAGGGCGAGAUGGCUCAAAUCGCCGCCACGAUUUCAUCGAACGUGUCGCACCAGCGGACGUCUCGGGAAAAUCCGCAGGAGGAAGCCAGCACGUCGAGGUCGCUGUCGUUGAGCUCGGAAAAGGCGAUGAUACUUCGAAAGUUGGAACGUUUAGCGCACCUGGAAAACUGGCGGGAAACUUCCCCGAAGCCUGAUUGCAGCCCUGUCAUUGCUCACUGUGGGCAUGCGCGUGGUGCCAUUCCCCAUUUCGUGAGUACGCUGUCGACAGCCGCGUGGAUUGAACGAACUUGCAGAGUUGAGUAUCUGCUGACCCUGGAAAACUGUGAGGACAUGAUUCAGUGGCCGCAACGCAAAAAAACGUUCGCUGAGAUUACGGUGUGGCACACGAGGGACACGUACUUUACGAUCACCGUCAACCAGUACACCAUUUUUUCUGCAUCUACUCUCGCUGUGCAGAUCGUGUUUAACGGCAUGCUGGUUGACUCUAAGUGUUGGCCGCCUUAUUGGAGCGUCCACGCGCUGCAUAGCGUAACACGCGAUCAACGUUCGUUGGCUCCCAUGGUCAAUCGCUGUACCUGCUAUCGCGAUGGUGACUCAUUGGCCCACUACCACCUCGAUUUUUCUAUAAGAGUUCCAUCGCUGAGAGAUGACGGUUACCUACGAGACGGAAAGUUAGUUUGAAAUCCUCCUGACCAAUACAGAAGCGUGCAAUGGGAUCAAAGGAACGCGCUAACGUCCGUCAUCGCACAAUGUGUAGUGCACUGCUGACUCCUCCUUUGCACUUCCCAAAAUGUGUCACAUGAGCUAAACGAAUUUUUAUCUCCUUUCUAAUAAAUAAAGUGGGCUCCGCGAAAUUUAUUUUUAAUUUGGAUCCUUAGUAACUCUCAAACUAGAGUUUUCUUUACGUUGCUGGCCGUUCAUGUUGCUCUUUAUUUAUUGAGCUAAUACAGUUUUUGUUCCUAAAUAUUGUGCUCCUGUUGUGCUCCUCGAGUGGUUUCUGAGCUUAUGGCGUUCACCUCGAUACUGUUCCAUCCAUUAUAGCCGUGCCGCAAUUAAAGCGAUUGAUUUCAAGGCGACGUUCGUGUUUCAUACUACGCUGUAGCACCACGCGUUGUCCUUUCUCCGAAAUUCACGGCCAAUCUCGACGUUCGCAGUGCUGAGGCCCUCAUCGAUGGCUUUGAACCCUAUUUUUCGGCAAGCUUUUUGUACUCGGCCAUUCAUUACCGGGGCAUUCGAAGUUCUAACACAGACACAAUCAGACCACG